AUAAGAAUCAGUAUUUCAACGCAUUUCGUGCAAAGAUAAGUUUAUAAUCAUGCAAUAUUGAAAAUGCUGUAUGAUGAUGGCAGUUCAUUGACAUUGAAAGAAGUUAUUCACAUAAGAAAAGUCUUAACUCGAGCUGAAGAAGAAUCAUUGCCUGAGGAAAAUCAUAUUAAAGAAGACGUACAAAAACGAAAAGUAUGUUUCUUGUGUCUGAAAACUCGUUUUGGAUUAUUUGGACCACAAAGUCGUUGCUGCAAGCUGUGCAAUAGGACAAUUUGUGUACGAUGUUGUUCCAAGAUAAAAAUACCUGCUAAUGAAUUAGAAGAUGUUCCUAUUAUACUUCUUUCACCAGCAUUACUUAACUUGUCCAGUUUACAAAUAUCAAGUUCAAAUGAUAUAAAAAACAGAUUUUCUGAACAUGGCGUUACUCCUCAUUCACAACUAUCUUUGCCAGUAACUGAUUCAAAUAAAUCAAGAAAGCCUUGUGUAUUUUCAAGAGAUAUCUUGCGAAUCGACUUUAACAAAAAAAAAACUCCUAGAACCUCUUAUGCAUAUAAUCAUGCAAUAUUGAAAAUGCUGUAUGAUGAUGGCAGUUCAUUGACAUUGAAAGAAGUUAUUCACAUAAGAAAAGUCUUAACUCGAGCUGAAGAAGAAUCAUUGCCUGAGGAAAAUCAUAUUAAAGAAGACGUACAAAAACGAAAAGUAUGUUUCUUGUGUCUGAAAACUCGUUUUGGAUUAUUUGGACCACAAAGUCGUUGCUGCAAGCUGUGCAAUAGGACAAUUUGUGUACGAUGUUGUUCCAAGAUAAAAAUACCUGCUAAUGAAUUAGAAGAUGUUCCUAUUAUACUUCUUUCACCAGCAUUACUUAACUUGUCCAGUUUACAAAUAUCAAGUUCAAAUGAUAUAAAAAACAGAUUUUCUGAACAUGGCGUUACUCCUCAUUCACAACUAUCUUUGCCAGUAACUGAUUCAAAUAAAUCAAGAAAGCCUUGUGUAUUUUCAAGAGAUAUCUUGCGAAUCGACUUUAACAAAAAAAAAACUCCUAGAACCUCUUAUGCAGUUACUUCCCAUCAUCAAAAUCGUUGUAUACAAGAGUUAGACCUUAACUACUUGAGAAACACAAAUACCUUUACAAAAAUAUACGAAAGACUGUACAUGGAUCAAGAACAAGAAAUAUACAAGUGCCGUGGGGAACUAAUUGUUGUUUGUCAUGAUUGUAGUAUAAUGCUUGAAAAAAUAGAUGAAAGUGAAAGGAAUAAUAAAAAAAUGGAAGCUCUCUUACUGGGAAGGGGGCUCUUUUUGAAACCAUAUAAGAAUGGCUUAGGACUUUAUUUAAAACCUGGAAAAGGCUUGAAAGAUAAAAAAGAAAAAAUUUUCUAUGUUAAACUGCCUCACCAAGCUCUUAGAGGCUAUGAUCUCAUCAAACCAAAAGAUUCUAUAGACCGUUUUUUAGGCCUUACUGAAAGAGUUCUUAGAGAUACCACUACUCAUAACUCAAAUUUACCUGUUGCUAUUCUCAAGGUUAAUACAUUAAGAGUUGAGUGCAAUAUCACUAGCAGAGCCUAUGAUAUAAGAUUGUCGAAGUUCCAUUCCAUUCACGAGCCACCAAAAUUAGAUGAAGCUAUAAAACUAAACCAAAAUGAAUGA